CGAAAACCCAAGCCGGCUGUAGAUUUUUCUCAAGGGCACCAAACCAACAGACGGAGUACCUAUAAAAACAGACAACAACCACAGGCCCUCGAAUUCCGGUCGCAGGCACCCUUUCCCUCCUACAAUCCUUCCUACCAUCCGUCAUCCUCGCGUCCGGCCCCGCCAUCGACGACAUCCCUCCCGAAAUCCCGCCAUACAUUAUGGAUGAGCAUGAGGAAAAUUUGGCUGAGCAAGACAUGGCUGGAGCAGCUGCUAACUCGGACAAUGAGAAACGGAGACAUGUUGAUAAUUUGGGAGCUGAAAUUGUUGAAAAGAGGUGGCCUGGGUGGCCUGGAGAGAAUGUUUUCCGAAUACUGGUUCCUGCUCAUAAAGUAGGUGGUAUAAUUGGCCGCAAGGGAGAGUAUAUCAAAAGAAUGUGCGAGGAAUCAAGAGCUCGUAUUAAGAUUCUUGAUGGUCCUCCUGGCUCACCAGAAAGAGCAGUAAUGAUAUCAGCGAAGGAGGAGCCAGAUGCACUCAUUUCUCCUGCUAUGGAUGGCCUGAUAAGAGUUCAUAAAUGUAUAAUCGAUAAUACAGAUGGCAAAUCUGCUCAAGCUCUACCAAGUACUGGCAACAUGGUACCAACACGACUACUGGUAGCAGCUUCACAAGCUGGAAGCCUUAUUGGAAAACAAGGAGCAACCAUAAAAUCCAUCCAAGAGGCGACUAAAUCUGUUGUCCGUAUUCUUGAAAAUGUACCUCCUGUUGCUCUGCAAGAUGACAGAGUUGUGGAGAUACAAGGAGAACACAUGGGAGUUCAUAAAGCUGUUGAACUUAUUGCAACUCAUUUGCGGAAGUUUUUAGUUGAUCGAAGUGUCCUCCCUUUAUUUGAAAUGCAAAUGUCAAUGCCAAAUGUGCAUAUGGAGCAGAACAACCCUCCUCCUCAACCCUGGGUCCACCCUCAAAGCGUUCCUCAAAAUCCUGGUGGUCCAGUUUAUGGGGGCAAUCCUCAGUUCAUGCCUCCACACCUGCCUGACAAUUUUUAUCCUCCACCAGGGCUUCCUCCCUUUGAAAGACAACCUCAUCAUGGUAUUUCUACGUAUGGACAAGAUGCACCCUUCAUCCGUUCAACUCCAAAUCAACAGCCAACAAUCUCCCAGGUCACAGAUUCAAUGCACAUCCCACUUGCAUAUGCCGAUGCUGUCAUUGGGACAGGUGGUGCAAGUAUCAGCUACAUCCGUCGUGCUAGUGGGGCAACCGUGACAAUACAGGAAUCAUGGGAAUUCCCCGGACAGAUGACUGUUGAGAUUAUUGGGAGUGCUACACAAGUUCAAACUGCUCGGCAAUUGAUACAGAAUUUCAUGGCCGAAGCUGCUGCUCCGAGUUCGGCUCCGGCGCAAAACACAUCAGUUCCUGUCAAUCAGGGAUACAGCUCGUACCCAUCACAUGGGCCCAUGUAUGGGUCUCCUCCAGUCAACAGUGGGCCUGCCUCCUACAAUUCUGGAGCAUACGACUCAACGUAUGGAGCCAGCUAUUAUGGAUAAUUGGCAAUCGAGAAGCUUGUGAUGUCUAGUUGGGACCCAUUGCCAUGGAUUAUUUGGACUUGCGGAUUUAUAAUGAGGUUGAUUCCAGCUACCUUUAGACAUCUCUUGCUUAGUUUCGUAUCAAGUCAACCAUGGAUGUUUAGCAUGCCUUGCCCCUCUCCAUUUUGUCCCCUUCUUGUAGUGGCCGUACCGAAUUUAUUUACUUUUUGGUUGUUGUGCACAUUCUUUACAUCCUGUGAUGGCUUUUUACUUUAUUUUAUGGGUAUUGCCUGAGUAGGAUGGUCUCGA